AUGUCUCUUUCUAGCAAGCUGGGUAUCACUGAUGUCGAUCUCAAGGACAAGAAGGUCCUGAUCCGUGUCGACUUCAACGUCCCCAUGGACGGCGACACGAUCACCAACAAUCAGCGUAUCGUCGCUGCCCUCCCUACCGUCAAGUAUGCCAUCGAGCAGAACGCAAAGGCGGUCGUGCUCAUGUCGCACAUGGGCCGCCCCGAUGGCAAGGCCGUCCCCAAGUACUCGCUCAAGCCUGUCGCUGCCGAGGUUUCCAAGCUGCUCAACAAGGACGUCGAAUUCCUUCCCGACUGCGUUGGCCCCGAGACCGAAAAGGCCGUCGAGGCCGCUACCGGCGGCAAGAUCUUCCUGCUCGAGAACCUUCGAUACCACGUCGAAGAGGAGGGCAAGGGCACCAACGAGGCCGGCGAGAAGGUCAAGGCUGACCCCAAGAAGGUCGAAGAGUUCCGUGCCAGCCUCACCAAGCUCGGUGACGUCUACAUCAACGACGCCUUCGGUACCGCUCACCGUGCUCACUCGUCCAUGGUAGGCGUCAAGCUGCCCCAGCGUGCUGCUGGUUUCCUCAUGAAGAAGGAGCUCGAGUUCUUUGCCAAGGCGCUCGAGAGCCCCGAGCGUCCCUUCCUUGCCAUCCUCGGUGGUGCCAAGGUCUCGGACAAGAUCCAGCUCAUCGACAACAUGCUCGACAAGGUCAACUCGCUCAUCAUCUGCGGUGGUAUGGCCUUCACCUUCAAGAAGACGCUCAACAACGUCAAGAUCGGCACUUCGCUCUUCGACGAGGCUGGUUCGCACAAGGUCGCCGAGCUCGUCGAGAAGGCCAAGAAGAACAACGUCGAGCUCGUCUUCCCCGUCGACUACAUCACCGCCGACAAGUUCGACAAGAACGCCAAGACCGGCUCUGCCACCGACGAAGAGGGCAUCCCCGAUGAGUGGAUGGGUCUCGAUGCCGGCGAGGAGUCGCGCAAGAAGUUCCGCGAGACCAUCGUCAAGGCCAAGACCAUCCUGUGGAACGGUCCUGCCGGUGUGUUUGAAUUCGACAACUUUGCCGGCGGCUCCAAGGCCAUGCUCGACGCCUGCCUCGAGGCCGAGAAGAACGGCUCGACUGUGAUCGUCGGUGGUGGUGACACGGCCACCGUGGUGGCCAAGUACGGAGCUGAGGAGGGCAUCUCGCACUGCUCGACCGGCGGUGGUGCCUCGCUGGAGCUUCUGGAAGGCAAGACGCUGCCCGGUGUCAAGGAGCUUUCCGAAAAGUGA